UUUUCCACGUCGACGUGGGAUAUCCCCACCAGAUGGACGAGCACCGAGUUCCCGGCGAGCUGACCGCCACCAGUCGCCUGUUUCGAAUCGCGCGCGCGGGACCGAGCGCGCGGCCGAGGGCUCGUCGAUCUUUAUCUCCUUAUCUCUUGAACUGUUUCUUUUUAUCUCGCGCGCGAUGUCCUCCGACCGGUGCGUGCUCGCGUUUCUCUUCGCUCUGCUAGCGUUUCUUCCGCCGCGCGGAGCCCGCUGCGAAUCCACGAACGUCACCGACGUCGCGGAGCGGAUUCAGGCGGAGAACGCGCUCGCGAAGCUGGUGAAGAUGUUCUCCAAGCCGGGCGCGUUCAAGCAGAUCGACGCGAUACUCGGUGAGAAUACCAUCGAGGCAUCGUUCACGAGCUGUCCCAUGGGCGAGGAGGGCCUGGAGUGCCGAAGGGCGGAGGCCCGACGAUCGGUGGACUGUCCUAGAGGAGACUGUUUCUGCUACGACUGCGCCGCCGCCGGACCGGACCUGUGGGCCUCCUGUUGCCGCGAAAGCCUGAGAUGCUGCUCUCAUCUCGCGGCGGCCUGCAGGACGUGCGAUCACCCGACGCUGUAUCCCUUCUGCGCCAAGCACUUCAAGAAAUGUCUAACGCAGUACAACGAGAGGAAACAGAAUUAGAAACGCAAUCGGGAUCUCCUCAGCGAUGUCUCUCAACUGUGAUAGUUGGCUUACCGUGGACGAUCAUCCAGCGACAGAAGCGCACGGCCCAUCCUCCUCGAUUACAUUUGUCAAAGUUUGCAUCGUAGCCGCUCGGAUCGAACGCUACUAACUAUCGGAGACGCAAGAUACUUAACUUGACCCGUAUUGCAAGUUGCACAACGUUUACGCCGUACCUCUAAAUAUAGCGUUUUACCCUCCAAGCCGUUAAACUGGUCCAACGGUACCUGAUUGUUUCUGGGUCCAACUUUGUUCCAACGAGAAUUUUUAGUUCUGCAAUCGAUGGUACCUGCGUCUCGGUGUCGUUAAACGACGAAUCUACAAAUAAUGUAAAAACAAUGAAUCUGAAAUAAUGAUAAAUCACUUGUUGUUAGCAGAAACAAAAA